AUGUUGAUAUCUGGUGGUGUGAGUGUCGAUGAUAUUGUGGGCACCUGUUCCCGCCCCGCGAAUAGAGUGGAGAUAUUUCGGCUUCAACGCGAUACUCUCCUCUUUAUCUUCGACUGGUCCAAUGACAUAUUGUACGCUCUUAAUUCCUUCUCUGCCUUGGCCGAGGCCCUGGCGUCUUGGGCUGGCGAUGUCGAGGAAGACUGUGUUAUACGCGUCGAAGGCGAGCUCGAACUGAAUCAGAGCAAGUCUCCAGCACGUCGUCCACUUUCUGGUAUCCCGCAGCACUGGCGAUUCUUGUUCGACCCCGACCUGCGUGGGCAGUUCGCCUGCGUGGUCUUCGUUUUUGAGGACCUUCACCAGAGCACGACCCGCUGUAUCCUGGAUGAAAUCGCCAAGAAAGCGAGUGGCUCCAAGGGAAAGUCCCGGGCAGGGUCUUCGAGCUCCUCGGCGUCAUCCCGGGGCCAUGGGGCCGUCCCGACCGACCGGUACAUCUUUGAGCACGUCUUUAACACCGCCGAGGUUGACCGGGUCCUCAGCCAGCCGGACCUGCGGUACGGGCUCCGCAUGAUUACGGCCUGA